AGCCUCAUUUUAACCAAUCAGGCUUCUAUGCAGGGUGGGCCUUGCCUUUGGCGAGUGGUUUUCAUAAUACCGCAUCAGUAGUGUCAUGUAACCGUAACAUGACCAAGGUUACACCGAAGAUAAGAGAAAAAUAUGAACAUUUGACAUCAUCUUAUCACGCAUCAGUCUGCCUCUUAUUCCUGUCAUCCUCGUCCGUCUAAAGACACCACGGUGGGAGGCAGCGAGCAUCAAUUUUACUGAGGUCUUGAGGUCGCGAUGAGCAGCCCGUGUUUCUUUUCCUCCGCUGCCCGAAGUAUUAGCCUACCGUUUCCCGCCGCCGGUCUGCUUCGAGGCCGGUUGCUGAGCUCCUGCUCGGUUAUAAGAAAGAUGUCCUCCAAAAGCAAAAUGGACCAUCUAGAGAGAACAGCGAGCAACUACAGACAAAAUGCUCUGUAUCCAGCUCAAGUAUGUGGCAUCAUAAACGAGUCACAGACGGUAAAACGUUUGCGGUUAGCUGUCCAUCCAGAUUUCAGCUUCAAAGCAGGACAGUGGGUGGAUUUCUUCAUCCCCGGUGUGGAGAAGGUGGGAGGUUUCUCCAUGUGCUCCAGCCCGGGUUUGCUGCAGAGGGAGGGCGUUAUCGAACUGGCCGUCAAAUACACCAAACACCCCCCAGCCCACUGGAUCCACACCAUGUGUACCGUGGGCUCCCGGGUGGCCAUGCGGGUCGGCGGGGACUUCUUCUUUAACCCAUCGCCCUCCGACCCCAGUGUGGAUUUGCUGCUGGUGGCCGGCGGCGUAGGGAUCAACCCCUUGUACUCUAUCCUGUUGCACAGCACAGAUCUGCUACGUCUCAACCACGCCUCUGGUGGGCGGGAAUACAACAUCUCUGCCCACCUCUGCUACAGCGCCAAAAACACCCAGGAACUGCUCUUUAAGAGCUCCAUCAUCGAGGCGUGUCUGGAGUUCCCUGACAAGCUCUCCUGUGACCUCCACGUCACGCAACAGAGCACAGCUGUUGACUCGCACCUCCAGCCAUUUAUCAACCACGGGAGAAUCACAGACAAGGAGUUGCGGGCUCACGUGGACCCGCAGAGGACUUUGUGUUUCCUGUGUGGGCCCCCGCCCAUGAUCGAAGCACUUUCAAAAACCCUCACGGACUUCGGCCUCCCGAAAGACAGAAUCCUCUUCGAGAAGUGGUGGUAGAACCUCUUCCAAUUCCCACAAUCCUAGAGGGUUGUCUUCCUGGAUUGUGGUCCUUUUUGUUGCAUUCACCAUGGGGUGGGGGGGGGAUUUAUGGGGUGUGGCGAUGAUGGAAAGCAACUGAAAUAUUCCAGUGAUCUGGACAAUAAUAUGAGGACCCUUGAUCACUGCUACCACUACCUGUGCCUGAUCUGUGACGGACCGUUGGGAAAACCCACUGAGAUGAGUUUUAUUUCUUAGGAUUGAUCAGACUGAAUCUCAACUUUGCAAGAGAUUUUUUAACUCGUUUGGCUGAAUAUUUCAACAAAUUUGCAACUGUGUAUGACAGACACUGCUGUUACACAUCUUCAUAUCUUGACUCAUUUCCAGCCUACUUUUCCUGACUGAAGUUGUGCUUGAACAAAUUUCAUAGAUGUUACAUGUUAAAUGUUCACCUGAAAAGGCCAAAGUUUACCUAUGCAAGUAUGUCUUGGAAGCAAUAAUUGAAAAUUUUCUGAAAAACAUUCUUGCCAAGAGUUAGAUAAGUAGAUCAAUACCUUCCCGCUAGUUAGCUUAGCAUAAAGACUGGAAAAGGCAAAAGAGCUAGCAUGGCUUUUUUUUGGGGGGGGGGAGGCAAAAACUGAAAGUGUCUGUUGUGGUUUUAUAGGAACUUCCAAAAGAGCCUUAUGCUAAGCUAACCAGCUGUUGUCUUAGCUUCAGAUUUAGCCGACAGAUGUGAGUGAUCCUCUAAUCUGACUCUCAAGAAUGUGAACAUGCCCAAUUCUCAAAGUCCCCAGGAUCUAAAGGAUCAGUGCUUACAAUAGAAAUCUAUACUAUUUUUUUCUUCUUAUACUGUACAUAAGUUUUUAAUGAGUGAUUAAUUUAUUUAUUUCAAAAUACCUCUGCUAAUUCCAUCAUAUGUUCUUUGAAGUUCCAUACUAUGUGUAUAUAUAACUCAAAGUUAGAGCUGGGCCAUAUGGAGAAAAUCAAAUAUCACAAUAUAUAGAUAGGUUAUUAUUAUUUAUUUAUUUUUUGGGCCUUUUUAAUGACAGGACAGCUGAAGACGUGAAAGGGAAGAGAGACAGGGAAUGACAUGCAGCAAAGGGCCACAGGUCCGAGUCGAACCCGGGCCCGCUGCAUUGAGGAGUAAACAUCUAUGUAUGGCCGCUCUACCAAGUAAGCUAUCUGGGCACCAAUAUCACCAUAGUUUUGUCCAAGUACAGCACAUCGAUGUCAAGUUUGCAGCUAUGUUGUUGGUGUGACAUUUGGUGCUUUCACAAAAUAUUUACACAAGAUUUUUGAUAAAUAAUCAUCAAUAAGGUGGAUAUAAUGACUAAGUGGGGAAGGCAAAUAAAAGAACAGCUAGAAAAGCCUAGUAAGUUCAGAAAAUCACACCACUUUACUGUAAUGUAGCCUCUAACACCAGGCAAAGUCAACGCAUUCACUGCUGUCAUUUUACGAUAUCCAAAAUUUAAAACAAGAUCUAGUUUUUUAUAUCGAUAGAUGUGUUGCCCAGCCCUAACUCAGAACCAUUUAUUUGCAGAACUGAACAUUUUCAAUUUUAUUUAUUGUGUGAAAUUCCAACAGGAGUUAUCUCAGGACCCUUUACCGAUAGAGUAGGUCUAGACCACACUCUCACACUUAUCAUUUUAGAUUUUUUUUGGCUAAUAAGUUUCACUGAGUUACACUGAAUUCAAGUGUUUAUUUUUUAUUUUCAUUUUACUCAUGCAAACUUUGCACCGAGUGUAUUUUUAGUCAAAAACACAACAAUCUCCCACAUGUUGGCCAGUGUCCCUGCUUCAAUCACACACUGUAACAUGCAUACACAGUGCCUAUUUCACAUACACUUUUACUCAAUCCCACACAUCCACAUACCCAUAAAUGCUUCUCGUCCCGGGGAGGAGUGAGUAUCCCAUGGUGCACUGUAAUGGAACCACCAGGUGGUCUCUGAUUGGCUUGGAUCAUUGAACAUCCCUUGGAGAUGGUUGCAAGCUUUCUUCCUCAUAUGAAGAAAACGGUUUAUGCUAGUAACGUGAGAUUUGAAGAAAAUUAAAGGAAAUUGAGUCAA